AUGGAUGAGGCUGCGCUCCUCGCGGAGCUCACCAAGGUCAGAGGCGUCGGCGAGUGGACUGUCCACAUGUUCAUGAUCUUCUCGCUGCACCGCCCCGACGUGCUGCCGUGCGGCGACCUCGGCGUGCGCAAGGGCGUGCAGGAGCUGUACAAGCUCAAGGCGCUCCCCCAUCCGGAGGAGAUGGCGGCAUUGUGCGAGCGGUGGAGGCCGUACCAGUCAGUCGGCGCGUGGUACAUGUGGCGCCUCAUGGAGAGCAAGGGCGCUGCAGCCAAGAAGAAGAAUAAGGCUGCUUCUACAGCUGUUGUAAAGACCUGCCUACCAGAAAUCACCCACUUGAAAAUAAAACAAAAGAAAAGGACAAUAAAGGAAGCAAAGAACUACCCAAAGCUUGCCUACUUACACUGCUAA